UGGAGGGGACCUGCUCUGUUCUAUGACUACAAAGAUGGAAACUACUUUCUACGACGAUGCCCUCAACGCCUUCGUGCAGCCCGAGAGCGGCGGCUACGGCUACAGCCAUGCCAAGGUGCUAAAGCAGAGUCUGACCCUGAACUUGGCUGACCCGGUGAGCAGCCUCAAGCCUCACCUGCGCAACAAGAACCCAGACCUGCUGACCUCGCCCGACGUGGGGCUGCUCAAGCUCGCCUCCCCGGAGCUCGAGCGCCUGAUCAUCCAGUCCAGCAACGGGCUCAUCACCACCACGCCCACGCCCACACAGUUCCUGUGCCCGAAGAACGUGACGGACGAGCAGGAGGGCUUCGCGGAGGGCUUCGUGCGCGCCCUGGCCGAGCUGCACAGCCAGAACACUCUCCCGGGCGUCCCCUCUGCGGCCGCCGCGCAGCCCGGGAACGCCUCGGUGGCCGCGGGCAUGGUGGCUCCCCCCGUGGCCGCCCUAGCUGGCAGCGGCGGCGGCGCCGGGGGCUUCGGCGGCCUGCACAGCGAGCCCCCGGUCUACGCGAACUUGAGCAACUUCACCCCCAGCUCCGCGCUGGGCACCGCGCCCGCUUACAGCGGCGCCAGCGGGGGUGCCGGGGCCGGUGGCGGCAGCCUGGGCUUCCCUCCGCAGCCUACGGCCCCGCAGCAGCAGGCGCAGCAGGCGAACCCGCAGCCUCCCCUGGGCCCGCAACUCCCGGGCGUGCAGCACCCCCGGCUGCAGGCGCUCAAGGAGGAGCCGCAGACGGUGCCCGAGAUGCCCGGCGAGACCCCGCCGCUGUCCCCUAUCGACAUGGAGUCCCAGGAGCGCAUCAAGGCCGAGAGGAAGCGAAUGAGGAACCGCAUCGCUGCGUCCAAGUGCCGGAAAAGGAAACUCGAGCGAAUCGCCCGACUGGAGGAAAAGGUGAAAACUUUGAAAGCCCAGAACUCGGAGCUGGCGUCCACGGCCAACAUGCUCAGGGAACAGGUGGCCCAGCUGAAGCAGAAAGUCAUGAACCACGUGAACAGCGGCUGCCAGCUCAUGUUAACGCAACAGUUGCAAACGUUUUGAGCAGCCCUGGGAGACAAGAGACGGACUUGGUUGGACUGACGCGUUGGUUGCAUUUGGAAGAGAGACAGACAGGCACAGCGAAGUGUCAGAGAGACGA